AAAACAUAGGCUUGAACUGCGUGGGUCCACUUAAAUUUUUUCAGUCAAUAUAUUGGGAAGCUUUUGAGGAAGUUUGCUACAACUUGAAAACGCUAGCAGAUGAGCAGUAUAGCUUUUCUCUUUCCCUCGCUGGAAAAUAGCCUAUUGGAGAAAUAGCCCGUCGUCAGCCUGUCUUCACAGGAAGCAAUGUUGAUGAAGGUGCUGACAGACGGUUCAUCCUACAAACAGACGAUGGAAACUUACAAGAUGGAUAAAUACGAGAUUAAGGAGGAGCCUGAUACGGUUUCCUGGACAUGCUGGGAAUAUUAGAAAAUGUACUUCGGAGAGGCUGAAAGAAGACCAGAGAAUAUGGUAUUCACAUUUGCUUCCACGGAAUCCAACCAAUCUUUCUUUGGGAAGAGAAACACAUCGUGGCAAGAGAUCUUCCCUAAGCAGGAAAAAAGCUCUUAAAGGAUUUCAUCCUCCUCCUUCCCUGUGCACAAACUCUGCCAAUCUCCCAUUCCACGAAGAUGACUUGGUGGAAGAAGAAAUUCUGCCGGAGGCAUCAUCUGUGGGCUUUGGGCUGCUAUAUGCUGCUGGCCCUUGUUGCUUUGAGACUUUCUCUCAGACUGAAAUGUGACGUAGUUUCCCUGGAUCUAGAGUCCAGGGACUUGCAAAGCCAGCACUGUAGGGACAUCUUGUACAAGUCCCUGAAGCUGCCAGCAAAGAGAUCCAUCAACUGUUCUGGGAUCACCCGAGGGGACCAGGAAGCAGUGAUCAAGGCUCUCCUGGACAACCUGGAGGUCAAGAAGAAGCGGGAGCCUUUCACAGACACUGACUACCUCAACAUGACCAGGGACUGUGAGCAGUUUAAGGCCAAAAGGAGGUUCAUACGGUUCCCACUGAGCAAAGAAGAAUUAGACUUUCCCAUCGCUUACUCUAUGGUGGUCCAUGAGAAGGUUGAAAACUUUGAAAGGCUGCUGCGAGCUGUGUAUGCCCCUCAGAACAUAUACUGUGUCCAUGUGGAUGAGAAGUCCCCAGAAACUUUCAAAGAGGCAGUCAAGGCCAUUAUUUCAUGCUUCCCGAAUGUCUUCAUGGCCAGUAAAUUGGUUCGGGUGGUUUAUGCCUCCUGGUCCAGGGUGCAGGCUGACCUGAACUGUAUGGAAGACUUGCUCCGGAGCCCGGUGCCGUGGAAAUACUUACUGAACACCUGCGGGACAGACUUUCCUAUAAAGACCAAUGCCGAGAUGGUCCUGGCCCUCAAGAUGUUGAAUGGGAAGAACAGUAUGGAGUCAGAGAUACCUACUGAGUACAAAAAGACUCGCUGGAAAUAUCACUACGAAGUGACAGACACGUUGCAAGUAACCAACAAGAUGAAGGACCCUCCCCCUGAUAAUUUACCUAUGUUCACGGGGAAUGCCUAUAUUGUGGCUUCUCGAGGCUUUAUCCAACAUGUCUUAGAGAACCCCAAAUCCCAACGGCUGAUUGAAUGGGCCAAAGACACCUACAGCCCCGAUGAACACCUCUGGGCUACCCUUCAGCGUGCACCAUGGAUGCCUGGCUCUGUUCCCUACCACCCCAAGUUUCACAUCUCAGACAUGACGGCCAUCGCCAGGCUGGUCAAGUGGCAAGACCACGAGGGAGACAUCAGUAUGGGGGCACCUUAUGCCCCUUGCUCUGGAAUCCACCAGCGGGCUGUCUGUGUUUAUGGGGCUGGGGACCUGCACUGGAUUCUCCAGAACCAUCACCUCUUGGCUAACAAGUUUGACCCCAAGGUGGAUGAUAAUGUUCUUCAGUGCUUAGAAGAGUAUUUACGCUAUAAGGCCAUCUAUGGGGCUGAACUCUGAGAUACACCUUGAGAGAACUGCUACCCGAGGGGCAGGAACAGAUGUAAACAUGCCCAGGACGUGCUGGGACAUUGUGGGGUGGAGACCGGGGCUCUGGAAUCCACGGCAUCCCCCGGUGGAAGGGGACUGCUCUUGGAGUGUGGGUGAGUCAGUCUGUUGCCCUGCAGAUGACUGCCCUGGGUGAAUGCUGAUUCUUCGCUCACCCCACUUCCAGUGGCUCCUCCACUGACUUUCUCAGAGUUGAGAAUAAGAACCAGCUACUUGGGUGAGUGAGGGAGGGAAGUGUGGCAGGAGACCCUGGAUUUCAGCUGAAUUCCUGGUGUCAGCUUUUCCACUCUUUGGAAAUGCCAUUCCUAGUAAUUCUAGGCUUAGUAGAGGGGAGGGGAUUUUGAUGGAAAGAGAACCUUCUAUUUUGUACUAUUAACUUAAAAAUAAAUAGCUUCUCAUUCAAA